AUGCUGAACCUAACCGAGUUCGACGCGCGCGAGAUGCUGGCGGCGCGCACGGUCACUGGUUGCCUGCUGUGCGUUCUGAUCCUCUGGACUCUGUUCGGGAACAUUCUGGUGUGCGCCGCGGUGCUCCGGUUCCGCCACCUGCGCACGAAAGUCACCAACAUCUUCAUCGUGUCUCUGGCGGUGUCGGACCUGUUCGUGGCGGUGCUCGUGAUGCCGUGGAAGGCGGUGGCGGAGGUGGCCGGCUUCUGGCCGUUCGGCGCGUUCUGCAGCUUCUGGGUGGCAUUUGACAUCAUGUGCUCCACCGCGUCCAUCCUCAACCUGUGCGUCAUCAGCGUGGACCGGUACUGGGCGAUCAGCAGCCCGUUCCGCUACGAGCGCAAGAUGACCCCGCGCGUGGCCUUCGUGAUGAUCGGCGCGGCGUGGACGCUGUCCGUGCUCAUCUCGUUCAUCCCGGUGCAGCUGGAGUGGCACAAAGCCGCCGCGCAGACGAACGCGUCCGGCACCGAGAACUGCGACUCGAGUUUGAACCGGGAGUAUGCCAUCUCCUCGUCGCUCAUCAGCUUCUACAUUCCCGUGGCGAUCAUGAUCGUCACCUACACGCGGAUCUACCGCAUCGCGCAGAUCCAGAUCCGGAGGAUCGCGUCGCUGGAACGCGCGGCCGAGCACGCGCAGAGCUGCAGGACGAGCCGGCUCGCGUACCGGCACCACAGCGGCCUGAAGAACUCCUUCAACCGCGAGACCAAAGUUCUGAAGACGCUGUCCGUCAUCAUGGGCGUGUUCGUGUGCUGUUGGCUGCCGUUCUUCAUCCUCAACUGCACGGUUCCGUUCUGCGACAAGCCGGGCUCGGGUCUGCCGUGCGUCAGCGAGACCACCUUCGACGUGUUCGUGUGGUUCGGCUGGACCAACUCCUCUCUGAACCCCGUCAUCUACGCGUUUAACGCGGACUUCCGCAAGAGCUUCGCCUGUCUGUUGGGUUGUCGGAACCGCUGCGCGAGCACUCCGGUGGAGACGGUGAACAUCAGCAACGAGCUCGUGUCGUUCAACCAGGACACGCUAAAGAACUCGUGAACGCGUACGUCAACGAGCAUGGACACCGAUGAGGACGCGUUCGACCGGAUCUCGCAGCUGUCACGCAACGACGGCGACGUUUGCACGGAGUCGGUGUGUGACGUGGAGACGGAUGUGUGUCUGGACGCACUCGCGCGCUUCACGCCGAACGGGAGUGUGUGGAAACAAAAGGUGCAAGUUUCAGAACUUUUCAUUGAAAUCUCGCGUUGAAUAUAAAGUUGAGCUCAUGAUGUCGCAUGUGUGAUUCAGUAUUUUAAGGCUGUUUGUCACAAUGUUUUUAUCAGAGUUGCCUAAAACCCUCUUAACUGUGGUGAAAUCACUGCAACUGCCUUACAUUGUGUAUUGCUUUAUAAAACACUGACUUGAGCAAUAUUAUAGGCCUCCAA